AUGCUAUCUGCAUCGGCGGCACCCCAAAAAAAGAGACAGGGUUUUUUGCCUGUCGCUAUGGACUGCGUGACAUUCAUUGGAUCAUGCAUUUCGUUGUGGGGAAUCGGAUAUAUGGGGUUUAGUGGCGCGUGGGUUGCUCUCGGAUCUGUAGGCUAUUUCUUCAUCAAACUGGCCCGAAGCAGGCGCGCCAAGUUAACAAGCUCAUUGAAGGCAAUAGGAGAGAAUGAAAAACAGUUCAUCAUCCAGAACUUCUCAGUUCGUGACUUGCCUUCAUGGGUAUAUUUCCCGGAUGUCGAACGUGCUGAAUGGCUGAACAAAGUUAUAAAACGGCUGUGGCCUUAUAUAUGCGAUUAUGCCACAGACCUCAUAAGACAGACAGUCGCUCCUGCGGUGUCCGCUCAACUACCUUCCGCCUUGCUGCCAUUUGACUUUCUUACCUUGGAUCUCGGUGACACACCACCACGUAUUGGAGGAGUGAAGGUUUACAUGGAAGAGAGCAUAAGGCGCGAUGAAGUGGUACUGGACCUAGAUUUAAUGUUGUACAGUGAUGCCAGAAUCCGCGUUCAACUUGGAAAUGUCAAGGCUGGUGUGAAAGAGUUCGAGCUUCGAGGUACAAUGCGCGUGGUAAUGAAACCGUUAGUCCCCAAGGUUCCAUUUGCUGGGGCUGUGACAGUUUGUUUCUUGGAUAGUCCGUACAUCCAUUUCGCGCUCACUGACAUUGGUAACAUCCUCAGCUUACCAGGACUCCAGCAAACACUGAACACCGUCAUUCGCAAUGUGGUCGAUGAACUAAUCGUUCUGCCGAAUCGGCUGCCUGUGCAGCUGCUAGACAACGUAGAUAUCCAACGUCUAAAGUACCCUAUGCCACAGGGUGUCCUCCGUGUAAAUGUGAUUGGUGCCCGCCGCUUAAAAAUCGGUGACAAGAAUCUUAUUACCGGGGGAUCCUCAGAUCCAUACUGUGUAAUCCGAGUUGGCGCCAGAACUUUCCAGACUGCCGUAAUUCAGCAUACUCUGGAGCCCGAAUGGAAUGAACAGUUUGAGGUGAUCGUAGAUGUUUGGCAAGGUCAGUCGCUGGCUAUCGAGGUACUUGAUAAGGAUCAAGGGAAUAAGGAUGACUUCCUUGGAAGAACAUCAAUUCCUCUAAGUUCGGUACACGAACUCGGUGAAAUGGAUACGUGGACCCCCUUGGAAGAAGUGAAGACUGGUUCGAUCCACUUGAAGUUGGCUUGGCUCGCUCUCUCGGAUAACCCUGAUGACCUAUCUCAGUCGGCUGAACAGGCUUCAGUAUAUCGGGCUGCAUUCGGAGUUGCAAUGAGCGCCUGUUUCCUGUACGUCGUGGUUGAACAAGCGAAAAAUCUCAAGCUCCUCUUCCAUUUUCAAACAAGCCUCUUCCCAGAACUCCGCAGCCCGGGAGCGAAUGUCGUGGCUACGUGGAGCGUUUUCUGGAUCGCAUUUCAAGGCAACAUGCGCGUUAAACAAAUGCGUGAACCCUCGCCGUUUUGCAACUUGCUCUUGGGUCGUGAAGCACAGAAGACUGGACCAAAACCAUACACCCAGAGUCCGACAUGGGAUUCAGUUCAUCAUUUCCUUGUCGGGGAUCCGUACGUGGACACACUGCAGAUAAUCGUUCGCGAUGCUCGUGGCGAAGAACUGCUUGGAAGAUGUUCCAUUCCUAUAAAGCUUCUAAUUUCGGAACAAAACAUGUCCGUGACGCGACCGUUCACCUUGGAAGAAUGUGGUCCAGAAACCGCGACAAUCCAUUUGCAUUUGGAACUAAAGGCUCUUGUCCCGCGGCCCAAAGUAGAGCCUGUUGAAUUAAAUAAUGGAGAGGAAGAGGACAAAAUCGAAGAUGCGAAUCAAGUGAAUGCUGUGGAUCCCAGGUCGGAGUUAGUUGGCAAUGCUUUGAAAACAGAUGAGGAUACUGUUUUACGUCAACGGACGAGAUCACCAGAGCAACCACCGUUUGAUCAAGUCCAAUUGGAAAUGCACAAAAGUUGGCAACAGAAAUGUACUCCUGAGGAGAGUCCCGAUAUGAAGAAACGCGAAGUCAGCGCAUCACCUGAGCGCACCAAUGGCCAGCAGCUUGGAAAUAUCAAACUUACUGUCGAGUAUAGAGCUACAUCAAGUUUACUGUCCGUUAUAGUUCAUGAAGCCAGUAACCUUCGUGGAGUUGAUAAAGAUGGUUUGGCCGAUCCGUACGUAGUAGUCGCUCUGGUGGACAAUAACGGUCAAGUUUGGGGUGAGAAGAAGAAAACGUCCCCCGUGAAAAACAGUUUGAACCCAAUCUAUGAAGCCAGUUUUGAUUUUGAUGUGAGCGUGGAUCAGUUACCCAGUCAUGGUCUGCUGAUUGAGGUGCGAAAUCGUGUGAGCUUAUUUACCCGAAGUGGACGCACACACCAAAUGGGCUCGGUUUACAUUGAUCUGUGCCAAUUUGUUACAACGGAAACUUUGUCUGAUUGGUUUCCACUGAUUCCGGCGAACUCGAUUUCGAUGUGCGAUCACCACCACCCAUCGUCUGAUUGAGUGCAUCAGCCCAUCUUGAACGGGCCCCACUUUUAUCAUAGAGCUUUGCCCUAAUCACCUGGACAUAGAACUCCCGAAUUUAUUCGUGGUACGGGAUUCUCCGCUCAACAUAAGCAUGCUUUUAUUGUCCUCUUUUGUCAUUAGGGGAUGACGUUCAUCUCUAUAGACUCAUGUCAUCUGUGUGCUUCCACAAACAUCAUCUUGACUUCCAUGCAUAUACAACGCGCCAUUGAACUUCCGUUCCAUAGUAUUUUCUCAUCAUCUUCUCUUACUGCUCCUGUUCAUAUGACAGCCUACUUGGCUAAGGUCUCUAUUUUAAUUCGACCUGAGGUUCGUGAUAAUCGGUGGUAAACAUUUCAACCGCUUUCUUUAAGUAAUCCCCUUUUUGUUUUUCAAUAAAUACGUGGGAUCUACGGAAUAUCCUUGACUUUUGCUUGUCGAAAAUUUGAUCUGUUCUGGACGGUUAAACAUUCUGCCAGUUU